UUUGGACAGUAUAAUGGGCAAUCAAGAAGCUGCAUGGAACUAUCACCUUUGAAAAAGGUCCUCUCCUUCCUCCAUUCCACUGAUCCUCUGGGACGAGACUGCCACCGUUUUGCAGCCAUUGAGUUACCUGCCUCAGCCAAGGCUGACCUACGGAGGUGGUAGCCUCAGGCCCAGGACAGGCGUCAUCACCAUGGCCUUCUUGAUACACCUGCUGGUCUGCACCUUCGGGAUGGGCUCCUGGGUGGCCAUCAAUGGACUCUGGGUAGAGCUGCCCCUGCUGGUGACGGAACUGCCCGAGGGCUGGUACCUGCCUUCCUACCUCACAGUGGUCAUCCAGCUGGCCAACAUCGGCCCCCUGCUGGUAACCCUCCUCCAUCACUUCCGGCCUGGCUGUCUUUCCGAGGUGCCUGUCAUCUUCACUGUGCUGAGCGUGGGGACCAUCGCCUGCACCCUCUUCGCCUUCCUCUGGAACGUCACCUCCUGGGUCCUAGGCGGCCACCACAGCAUUGCCUUCCUGGUCCUCACCUUCUUCCUGGCCCUAGUGGACUGCACCUCCUCUGUCACCUUCCUGCCUUUCAUGAGCAGGCUGCCCACCCACUACCUCACCACUUUCUUUGUGGGUGAAGGACUCAGUGGCCUCCUGCCUGCCCUGGUGGCUCUCGCCCAGGGCUCCGGUCUCACCACCUGUGUUAACGUCACUGAGACCUCAGACACCACCCCGAGCGCUGAGACCACCAGGAACAUGGACAUCCCACAGGGAGCUAACAGCACUGUGAUGCCCGACCUCGCUGGGACGGCACCUGCCUUGCUCCAUCUGGAAAGCCGCUACCUCCCCGCCAACUUCUCGCCCUUGGUCUUCUUCCUCCUGCUCGCCUUCAUGAUGGCCUGCUGCCUCGUGGCUUUCUUUUUCCUCCAGCGUCAACCUGGGCGCUGGGAAGCCUCCGUAGAAGACCUCCUGACCUCUCAGGUCACCCUACACUCCAUCCAGCUGCGGGAAGGGAAGGGCCUGGGCCUCCCAGGCCCCGAGGACAGCAGCCAGGACCGGGAGCAUCUGAAGGAGAAGGCGGCUCCCCGCCACCCGGCCCACCUGAUCUUCAUCUACAUCCUGGUGGCCUUUGUGAACGCGCUCACCAACGGCGUGCUACCCUCCGUGCAGACCUACUCCUGCCUGUCCUACGGGCCUGUGGCCUACCACCUGUCCGCCACCCUCAGCUCCAUGGCCAACCCCCUCGCCUGCUUCCUCUCCAUGUUUCUGCCAAACAGGUCUCUGCCAUUCCUGGGGGUCCUUGCAGUGUUCGGGACCGGCUUUGGGGCCUACAACAUGGCCAUGGCCGUGAUGAGCCCCUGCCCCCUCAUGCAGGGCCACUGGGGCGGAGAAGUCCUCAUCGUGGUUUCGUGGGUGCUGUUCAUUGGCUGUCUGAGCUACGUCAAGGUGAUGCUGGGCGUAAUCCUGCGCGACCAUAGCCGCAGCGCCCUCUUGUGGUGUGGGGCGGUGGUGCAGCUGGGCUCACUCCUCGGAGCGCUUCUCAUGUUCCCGCUGGUCAACGUGUUGAGGCUCUUCUCAUCCGCUGACUUCUGCAGUCUUCAGUGCUCCGCGUAGGCCAACUGAAGGGGCGCGGUCCAUCAUAUGCUCGCCCCACCUAUUACUAACACCUGAAACCUGGGACCCCCACAAGGCAAGGCGUGUGCCCAAGGUCACAGCACCAAGGAUGAGGAGCUGGGAGGCAGAGCCUGAGUACUUGAACCAUCAACACAGAUUCUCCUCAGGAAUGCUACAGGCCUUCCGCGGGACCUGGAAAUGCAAAGCACAGCCCACCCCAGCUCUGUGUCACAGUGCCUGCAAUUCCAGCAUCUCAGAACUUCUUCCAGCUCUUGCCAGAUGGCUGAUUUGCGGCAUCCAGCCGGCUCAAGGGUGUUAAAAGAGAAAACAGCUGCGAGGGUGAGCUGGCCCUUAUAAGCUGUGUGACCUGGGGGAAGUUACUUGAUUUCUCUGUGCCUCUGUUUCUUCAUCCAUAAAGUGGGGAUUAUAAGAAAUAGCACCUCCUUCUUAGGUUUGGUACAAGGAUAAAAGGGAGAAGCAUGCAGCACAUAACAAGUCCUCCUGGACCAUUUCCUGAUCUGAUGUCCAACAGUAAUAACAAUCAGUGAUUGUUUUUGUGACAAUGAACACAGUCUAGAAGUGGCCAGAUGGAUUGAGAGGUGACCCCUUUUCCAUAUCUCUUUUUCUCCUGGACCCACAGAGAAGCUUCUAGAAGACAGAUGGCUAAUGGUGGAAUCUUGGGCAUCUUGGCUUCCCAAUUCCCAGUGUGGAGGGACAUGGUAUCCCCAUACACCCUUUCCUGUCACCUCUGCUGACCCAGGAAGGCCGCCUUGGAGAGUAAGCGACCUCCUAAGAGGCAGAAAGAGAGGACGGGGGUGUGGGAGGGGCCACCGCAAGCCUCUGAAAGCGAGUUCCCCCCACCCCACUCACUGGCUGAAACAACACAGAGGCCAUUGGGAGGCAGAUCUCUGAACUGGAGUUGGGGAGGGGAGUGGGGAGGAGUUAGCUACCUGAUAGUUUUUUGGUUUUAUUUUUUAUUUUUCCUUUUUUAAAAUAAAGACAUUUUCUGCUUUUACAUGAAGAUCAGCCUUCCAUGAAAAGGUCCAACACAAACGCCAAAAACUGUAUCAAUAUAAUGUUUUCAGCUGGUUCCAGGUCAAGGCUGAGCUCAGAAAUAAACAGAAUCGAGUGCUUAAAGAA